CUGGCGGGAAGUUCGCUUGAAACUUUUUAGAAACACAACAGCGAUAAAUUUAUAAUAUUUACGGAGUAAUUUACCUUCAGCUCAUUUAAACAGGAUGCCCAGGAUUAAAUGCAACUAGAUAAUCGAUAAGUAGAAGUAAAAUAAAAAUAAUAACGUUCAUAAACUUACUGAGAUUGACGAGAUAGAUUUCUAUCUUAUUCUACAGUUACUAGCCACUUGUGUCAAUCUGUGGGUGGACAAUGAAGGCAGAAAUGGAUAAAAUUGUCUCACUGUCAGAUGAAGAAAAUAUCCCCGAACUACAGAAAUACCUUUCCACCCUGACCGAUGACCGGCUCAUCAACACGAUUACCAACAGUGCACUGAAGGGCAAGAAAGUUGGGACCAUAAUAAAAGGCAUAUUUAAAGGUUCUCCACCCAGUUCCACUGCUGGGGCAAAUCGCAGACUUCUCCUGUAUCAGCACUGCAUCCCUCUGUGUGAGUCUGGGGAUCUUCAGACUGAGGUGGCAGCAGAUAUCAUUGGGUUGCUUAUGCUGGAGACUCAUACACUAUCCGGGCCAUCUCUUGCAACACUGGCGUCUCUUUUUGUUGAUGCCAUCAAAGUGGGGAAAAUGAGCAGUGGGAAAUCUCUGGAACUGUUUCCUACAGUUCUUACUGCACUUGCAGCAUGUGAAGCCUUGUCUUAUGGCAAAGGGGAACUCAGUGGUGAGGAGUAUAAGAAGCAGAUGAUUAACAGCCUCUGCUCCAGCAGAUGGGAUCCACAGUGUGUCAUCCACUUGACAACCAUGUUUAGGGAUGUGCCUUUGUCGUCAGAGGAGUUGCAGUUUGUGGUGGAGAAAGUAUUGAGGAUGUUCAACAAACUAGAUCUGCAGGAGAUCCCGCCGCUGGUUUACCAGCUGCUGCUUUUGUCUGCAAAGGGUUGUAAGAAACAAGUCCUGGACGGAAUCGUAGGUUAUUUUAAGGAGCAGGACGCUCGCCAAGAAGAGGAGCAGAAACAUGGAGAGAGCCUGGAUCUAGAGGUUCAGUCUAUUCCACAGGACCAGCUAAGGCAUGUAGAGGGCACUGCUAUCCUCCAUAUAGUCUUUGCUAUAAGACUAGACCAUGAGCUUGCAAGGGAAUUUAUUAAAGGCUUUAAGACAUCGUAUGCAGACUUGUGCCCUUUCAGUGUUGCCCUGUUGCUCUCAGUGGCACGUAUCCAGCGUUAUGAAGAGCAGGUAUUUGAACUUUUGAAAGGGGCCAUCAUCAAGAGCUUCAAGGACGAGCAGCUACAACAGGGGUCAAAGUUACUACAGGACCUCCUACCCGGGCACUGCAGUGUGGCUCAGAUGAUACUGGAUACAGUCCAGAACAGUGUGUUCGGAUGGGAUCAUGUUACCCAAGGGCUAGUGCAGCUGGGCUUCUUCCUGAUGGAUGCAUUUGGACCCAAACCUGGACCAUUUGGCAAAGCCACGGAGGGCUCCCUUGCUGUAGCCCGAACACCAACUCAACAAGCGUGUAAGCUAGGAGGACAGGUGCUACUCCAGGGUUUUAAGAUGCAUGAGCCUAUCAGGGGAGAGAUAUUGGAGCAGGUCUUAAAUCGACUGGUCACAAAGACAGCCUCACCUGUCAAUCAUUUCUUAGACCUUUUCUCUGAUAUUGUGGUCUCUGCUCCAAUGAUCCUCCUGGAGUCAUCCUCUAAAGUGACAGAGACAUUUGACCACUUGUCAUGCCUGCCUUUGGCCACCGUUCAAGGUCUACUCAAAGCUGUCCAGCCCCUGCUCAAGGUCAGCAUGUCCUUGAAAGAUGCUUUAAUUUUAGUUCUUCGCAAGGCCAUGUUUUCCAGCCAACUGGAUGGUCGGAAGUCUGCAGUGACAGGCUUCUUGUUGCUGCUAAAGAACUUCAAAGUGUUGGGCAGCUUGGCCUCGAGUCAGUGUAGCCAGGCAAUCUCCUCCAGCCAGAUCCAAGUGGAUGUUCACUCGCGCUACAACUCAGCUGCCAAUGAAGCAUUCUGCUUGGAGAUCCUCAGCAGUCUGCGUCGCUGCCUCAGCCAGCAGGCUGAUGUGCGCCUCAUGCUCUAUGAGGGGUUUUUUGAUGUUCUUCGUCGUAACUCGCAACUUGCAAGCUCCAUCAUGCAGACCCUUUUGUCACAGCUGAAGCGGUACUAUGAGCCUGAACAAGACCUCCUGCCCCCAGUGAAACUGGAACCAUGCAUCACUGCUCACGGAGACCAAGUCUACCUCCAGGAGCCUCUGGCCCAUCUGCUGAGCUGUACUGUACAUUGCUUGAUGUGGCUGCAAAACACACGCCAGUCAGCCAACCUCAAUGCCGAUGACAGUGACGGUGAUGAGGAAGAGGAGGAAGGAUAUCGGUCGGAUCUACAUGCUGUUCUAGAGAGUAUGACAAGACGCAUGAUCAAGUGCGAACUAGAAGACUUUGAACUGGACAAGUCAGCUGAGUUUUCAAUGGGAUCCAGUGUUGGAGUGAAGAAUAAUAUCUAUGCUGUGCUGGUGAUGGGAGUGUAUGAGGUCCUCAUGGAGUACAACUUUAUCAAAGCCAACUACAGUAAAAGGUGCUUUGAGGAGAUCAUCGAGCUGUUCAGCCGUUACCAGAAGCUGUCUGAGAUCCUGAAGGAGAAGUCUGGAAAGGGUCGGGUGCCCUCACACAAGACCCCCCGCAGUUUAUUCUCAAUGGGCAUCAUAUCAACAUUGAUCACUGUGCUCUUCAGGGAUAACACUCAGAGCAGAGAGGAGGCUCUCUCAGUACUUCGUUCAAAUGGAGAGUUUGUGCGUUAUAUACUGAGCGUGGUUGUACAGAAGAUCCAGCAGCUGGAUGAAACGGGACACACAGAUGGCCCUGAUGGACAGAACGCAGACAAGACUUUCCGCUUCCUCUGUGACAUGACCAGUGUCCUGAUGUGGCGUUACACGAACAUCCCCAGCGUGGUUGAGGAGGGGGGAAAGAAGGAAAAGCGCUCCAGUUUGUCUCAGCUGUGUCUGGAGGGUUUGCUCAGGAUCUUCACAACCUGCCAACAACGCUACCCAGACAAGAUGGCCCAGCUGCUCUCUACCAUGGAAAAUGGCACAGAGCAAGACGACGAAGGCGAUGUUGUAGAGAUGAACUACUUUUACAUCCGACAGUUUCAGAGGGCGCUGUUCACACAGUUAAGUGGAGGUGAGGAAGACUUUAACAGCAAAGAGGCUCAGCUUCUGGUCAGCAUCCUAAGCGUACUCUCGCGCCAGCUAAAACCCUUGUCCCAGCAGUUUGUUCAGAUGAUCACGUGGACUGUGAAAAUCUGCAAAGAGACCAGUUUUGAGGAUUCUGCUUUCUGUAAGGGGCUGCUCUCUCUCCUCUUCAACCUUCAUGUUCUCUAUAAGAGUCCUGUAGGCCUGCUGCUGGAGCUCUGCCAAGACAUCCACAGCGAACUGGGAGAUAUUGAUCAGGAUGUGGAGGUGGAAAAGCAGUCUAAUUUUGCCAUUGUCAACAUGAAAACUGCUUCAACAGCUGCACUGCUGGUCCUGUCUCAAGUUGACAGAGUGCUUGAUGAAGUGGACUGGCUUAUUGCCAGGAAGAAAAGUCAGACAGCUUCUGACAAAUUGGGCUGUGGUGAAGCCACGCAGACUGCAGGUCAGCAGGACCCAGUUGAGAAAGCGGUGGCGCUGCAGCUUGGGACUCUCUUAACAGCGCUAAGUGAGCUGGUCCAGACAGCCCUCCUGCUGGGCACCUGUACCAUUACACUGUUAAGAGAACUGACCCGCACGUAUACCAUCCUCACCACGCUGGUCAAAUAUUACAUCCAGGUGUGCGCCAGCCAGCACGGGUCGCUGCCAGCUCGCUUUGAGAAGCUGGUCAAACUAUCUGGCUCCCACCUGACACCACAGUGCUAUUCUUUUAUCACAUAUGCUCAGAGUGGAGAUAUCAGUGGUGGAGGUGCAGAUGACAAAAAGAAAAAGAGAAGGAAUGACGUGAAUACUGGUGCUUCUGCAAAACUUUUGCGUGAGACUAAGGCCAUCCCCAACCUGAUCUUCAGCAUUGAGCAGUAUGAGAAGUAUCUCAUCACACUCUCAAAGAAAUCAAAGGUAAACCUGAUGCAGUACAUGAAGCUGAGCACCUCGAGAGAUUUUCGCAUCAAUGCCGCUACUCUGGAUGCAGCCCUGCAGGAACAGGAUGACAGUCAGGAGGUAAGCGCUAGCUCAGCUCCACAGGAGCUUCAAUGCUGUUCAUCAUACACAACAGCCGCUUUUCUCCACUUUUACUUUAUUAUACGAGUCCAUAAAAUUGGCUCCAUAUCCACACUGUGCCCACUGUUGAAAUGUGCAUUGUGCAUUCCAUUGCUCUCAGACCACAGAGUCACAGGACACCACCGAGACACAAGAACCCAAACAGAAGAAGAGGAAACAGUGAGGUCAUACUGGGCACCACUGCUACACACACUGCACACACGUCCAGACUGCAGCAGCGGGUGAACGGUGUCCUGGCAAUUGUCUGUUUGGAAUAAAAGCUGUCUGGUCCACAAAGAGCUAUCUCGCUUUGUUUAGAGAGCCUUUAGUGAUGUCGAUGAUUUGGUAGAUGUCCAAGGCCUCACCUGUGGAAAGUUUGCACACAUUAUUUAGUAUUCUGGUUGUGUUUCUCAAGUUCACUUUAUCAAAAAACCUUAUUGCAUUUCCAAACCCAGUUUAUACCUUUCUUUGUCUUGAUUACAUUAAAAUAGUCAUUUCUAAUUUGGCUUAUUUAGAAAUUUGAAACUUAUUUGAUUUACUUCCUUUAAGAAAAUCUCGUGAUAAACAAGCUGUGCUGUUGAUUUGCUUAAAAUUCUUACUGAAGACUAACUGAAUACUGUUUGGUCAUGCUAAGAGGUGGAUUUAAUGACUUUCCAUAUACAUUGUAUUUUAAAGAGAUGUUUAGUCCAACUUUUGUAAGGUGUUGUUUUAAAAUAACUUGUUCUGUACACAAGCAUUUUUGUAGCUUUAAGUGCUAGAGCUAAAUUACAUAUUCUCGUGUCUGAAUUUGUUACAUUUAGAUUUUGUAAUGAGACACGCCGUUCUGUCUCUCUGUGCACUUUGUAUAAGAAACAUUUGUAUAAUAAAUAUACUCUUCUUAAUGUUG